CGUAAACUCACCGCCGAGGAGAAGGCGACGAUUGAUCUGUUCAACUCAAACACACCUUCGGUCGUGUAUAUCACCAACAUGCAGCAAAAGAGGGACGUGUUCACCCUCAACGCCGUCGAGGCUCCAACGGGGGCAGGGUCCGGCAUCGUUUGGGACGGUGACGGGCACGUAGUGACCAACUUCCACGUCAUCAACGGAGCCAACGAGCUCAGGGUGACCACCCAGGAUCAGGACGUGUAUCCCGCCAAGGUGAUUGGCUUCGACGAGGACAAAGACAUCGCCGUGCUCAAGAUUGACUACGCUAAUAAGCUCCCUGGCAAGGACGGCACGAUUAAAACCUCGAGCCACGACCCAACCCUUCGCCCGCUUCCCAUUGGGACGAGCUCCGACCUGCUGGUGGGACAACGCGUGUACGCCAUCGGCAACCCGUUCGGACUGGACCAUACCCUCACGACCGGGGUCAUCAGCGGCCUCGGGCGUGAGAUUCAGUCGGGGAAUACCGGUCGGCCCAUCGAUGGCAUCAUCCAGACCGACGCCGCCAUCAACCCAGGGAACAGCGGCGGCCCUCUGCUGGACAGCUCCGGCAGGCUCAUCGGCAUCAACACCGCAAUCUACUCCACCUCUGGGUCCUCCUCCGGCGUCGGGUUCGCGCUCCCCGCGGACAUGGUGACGGGCAUCGUCGAGCAGAUCAUCACUACCGGCAGGGUGACCAGACCAAUUAUGGGAAUCACCUUUGCGCCGGACCAGGCUGUUGAGCAGCUCGGGCUUGGCGGCGUGCUUGUUCUCGACGCGAGGGAAGGUGGACCAGCGUGGAGGGCUGGCGUCAAGGCGACGUCCAGGGACUCCGCGGGCCGUCUCAUCCUGGGUGAUGUCAUCGUAGAGCUCGACGGGGCGCUCAUCAAGGAUUCCUCUGAUUUGUACAGAACCCUUGACAAGUUGUCUGUCGGACAGGAGAUCAUGAUGAAGGUGAUGAGGGGCGAGAACAAGGUUGACCUGCAGCUGACCCUCGACGACCUCAAGGACCAG